AUGGCAACCCAGGGUUGUGUCUUAUCAAGAUUUGAUGGGAAAAAUUUCAUGAAAAGAUACAAAGGAAAAAAGAUAAUGUAUAUUGGGGAUUCUUUAAGUCUUAACAACUUUGAAUCCCUUCUAUGUUUGCUUCAUGCUGCUCUCCCCAAAUCCAAAUUCAAGCAACAAAUAAAUAAACAUUCUGUUUCCGUCACUUUUGAGGAUUAUGGAGUUGAAGUGAUACUAUUUCAUUCAAAUUAUUUGGUAGACAUUGAAGUGGUACCCAAUGUUGGAAGAGUAUUAAAACUAAAUUCCAUUAAAAGUGGAGAAAUUUGGAAGCAAGCUGACGUUUUGAUCUUUAAUACUUGGCUUUGGUAUCUACGAGCCGAUUCUAAGCAACAAUGGGAUUUUGUUGAAAAUAAUGGCACGGUAUCCAAGGACAUGAACCGUAUUGAAGCAUUUCGUAUAGGAUUAAAGACAUGGGCUAAAUGGGUUGAAAGAGAUAUUAAUACAAAGAAAACCAAAGUAUUUUAUCAAGGAGCAUCAGCCACACAUUACCAUGGAUCUGAAUGGGGUGAGCCAGAAGUAAAGAAUUGUUUCAAUGAGACAAGACCAGUAAGAGGAUCAACAUACCCAAGUGGAUUACCAAUUCCUGUGGACAUAGUGAAACAAGUAUUAAAGAACAUGUCAAAGCCAAUAGUAAAUUUACUUGACAUAACAAAGCUAACACAACUAAGAAAAGAUGGACAUCCAAGUAUAUACAAUGGUAUACAUGGCUUAGAUUGUACACAUUGGUGUAUUGGUGGAGUUCCUGAUACUUGGAAUAAUAUUCUAUAUGCAUCUCUCUUUCCCACUUCUCCCAAACACUCCAUUUAAUUUAUUACAUCUCGUUCUGUGUCUGAUAUUCAUUUU